UAACUCCUUCCACGUUCUUCAUUGCCCUCCCAUCCCUCUCUCUACCUGAUCAUUGCCAUUUCGUCUUCUCCCAUCUCUUCAAAAACUAAAACAAAAAUAAGCUAGAAAACAUUCAACUUAUCCAUCCUUAGAAAUGUGUUCUUCUAAGUCUAAACUGCAAGGAAGUAGCAUUGAUCAAAUUGCUCCAACUGUAUCUCAUAUCAAUGGCCGCCCAGUCCUUCAGCCAACUUGUAAUCGAGUGCCAGUCUUAGAAAGGCGCAAUUCUUUGAAGAAGACCUCCACAAAAUCUUCUUCUGCACCACCUCAACCUUUGUCAUCAUCGACUAGGACUACAAAUUCUACUAAGGUUAAGCCAUCAGUGACCACCCCACCUAUCUCUCCGAAGCUAAAAUCACCCCGACAGCCUGCUGUUAAGCGAAGUAACGAUCCAAACGGAUUGAACUCUAGUGUUGAGAAGAUCUUGUUGACACCAAGAUGCACCACCAAAACUAUAAUUCCGGUGAAGAAAUCGAAAAAAUGCAGCGGAGGUGGAGUUGCACCUUCUAUGGACCCUUCUUCAUUGCAGUACUCUUCCUCUUUGAUAGUCGAGGCACCGGGAAGUAUAGCAGAAGCUAGGAGGGAACAGGUUGCAAUUAUGCAGGUGCAAAGAAAAAUGAGGAUUGCUCAUUAUGGAAGAACUAAAUUUAGCAAAAAUGAAGGGAAGGUUGUUCCUCUUGACUCUUCAGCAAUUACAACUGCUCCAGAGGAAAAGAGAUGCAGUUUUAUCACACCUAAUUCAGACCCCCUCUAUGUUACUUAUCAUGAUGAAGAAUGGGGAGUUCCUGUCCAUGAUGAUAAGCUGCUGUUUGAAUUGCUGGUGUUGACUGGCGCUCAAGUUGGCUCAGAUUGGACUUCUGUCUUAAAGAAACGGCAAGAAUUCAGGGACGCUUUCUCAGAAUUUGAAGCAGAAAUCGUCUCAAAAUUUUCUGAAAAGAAAAUAACAUCUAUAAGUGCUGAUUACGGCAUUGAUCUAAGCCAGGUCCGAGGAGUUGUGGACAAUUCUAAUCGAAUUCUUGAGGUCAAGAGGAAAUUCGGAUCAUUUGACAAGUAUCUGUGGGGAUUUGUGAAUCACAAGCCCAUCGGAACCCAGUACAAAUCAUGCCAUAAAAUCCCUGUGAAGACCUCAAAAUCAGAGGCCAUAAGCAGAGAUAUGGUGAGAAGGGGCUUCCGGUUUGUCGGACCGACAGUCAUAUACUCCUUUAUGCAAGUUGCCGGCCUCACCAACGACCACCUGAUCACCUGCCCACGACACCUUCUGUGCGUUGGGUUGGCGUCUCAGUUGCCGGCCGAGGCACAUGCUCUAUAAUCACAUGACACAGGAAUUAAUUACCCAUAUAGUAUGACCCAGAGUCCAUAAAAACUCUGGUUUUCUAACUAUACAUAGUACCCUUUUGGAUUACUUUAGUUGUGUGAGGUGUCAGAAAGUUGUAUCGUUUGUUGUGGUAAGAUUCUAAUUAGUCGUUGCGACUAGCUGAGAUUGGAUUAGGAUUAUGAGAUAAUUGUUGAGAGAGGAAUAAAAGGAAGUUGUAUUGUUGGGGGUGGGGGGACAGAGAGCAUGUGCAAGGUGGGCAGACAAUGGAAAUGACUGAGGGAUGGCAUGUGCUUGGUGCAUAUGUCUUUCAUUUGUAGUGACCACCACAAGCACAACCCCUCCAUUAUUUGCUUGCUUUUGACAGCCUGUGAAGAAUCAUUAGAACAUGAGGGGCUUUUGGGGCAGCCCUCCCAGCUCCUCUUUAGCCUUGAAUUGGAACUAUUAUUAUAUCUACUUCAGAGGCAUGUAAGUUUUAUUGUUCUGAAGUUAUAUGGUGCCACGUGGACGAGAAAAAUACUCCGUCAUUUUAUGGCUGCCCACCAUUCUAAAUUCUGACCUUUAAUUAAGGAGGGGAACCAUUUAGUGUUGUGCAAAUUUGUAUCAUAUAUAUGAUUUAGUGUGAAGUUUUUGGGUGAUUUUUUAACUUCCAGAUUCUUUUUUUUUUCUGAGACUUUGGAUUUGUAUUAUUGAUUUAUCUGCCUGUCCUGUCCUGUUUGCUUACUUUGAUUCAUACUUUUCAUCUUUAAAUGUUAGUUGCAUAAGUUAAG